AUGGAUAUGCGUCGUACUCCCCCAGCCAUUUGGGACGCUGUAGUUCAACAUCUCGACCGUGGCAAUGUGGCCGUGGCUAAGGCAGCUCUGGUCGGCAUCAACGAUCUCACGGGGCUCGAAAAAUUCAAGGUGAACGUGGAUGAAAACCCCAAGGUGAAAGCAGACGAGAUUUACGCCAAAGCCAAAAGCGGAUUCAACGUCAAAUUCGGCCGCCUCACACAUUUGGUAUGUCAAAUCUUGGAGCGUAUCAAUGACUUUGGCCCAAGCGAUCUGGAUAAGCUCUUCCGCCACUCUGACACGGCUACUGCAUUGGUUGCAUCGCUCUUCUCGCCGGAUGCCAACCUAUACGAAGCAGGAGUCAAUCUCAUCAAAAGCAUCAGCUCCGAAUCAGCUCGGAAGGAGGCCAUUGGCCACUUACUCAAGACCUUCCUCGAGACGACACUGAAUGCAUUCUCUUGGUCUAUCCGUCGCAUUGCACGUAAUCGGACAUUUGCUUCUUGCCCCCGCAUGUUGAAGACCUCCUCCGAUGUGCUUGACAUCCUCUGCGACUCUCAACACGGCUUACUCCGAACCCGUUCGCUCACCGGCACACCCGAAACCAAAGCGCUGGAGAACUUCUGGGAAUGCCAGUGGGAAGGUCUGAGAGUGAUAUACGAGACGACGGAGGAUUGGAGUCGGGCGAGAGUUGCUGAUUCCAAUCUACUCAAGGAGUUCUGCAGAGAUACCAUGCAAUUCUCGGAACGAUUUUUCGACCAGUACAGCGUCUUCGCAACUGCGAUUGAUUCUGCAAAUCCCGUCAAGCAGGAGGACGGUACCACCGGAGCCCAGGAAAACAAAGCCGGCAAGGGCCUUCUGGAGCAUCCCGCUCGGAUCAUGGAAGCAAUGAGUAAAUGGCUAAGACUACGUGAUCUUUUCCUCGUGGAAAUCUCGGUAAAGCUUACCCACAAAGUCUUGGAUCGACUGACGGACUUGUCCAUGACCCUUGCUGAAGGACCCUGCAAUUUCCUGGAGCAAGUGAUCAACAAUGGACCUCAAGGAAGGACACACUUGAAACCACAGGAGAAAGCCGAGCUCGCAAGAGCGUUGGAGUCAAACCUGGGUCGUACGGUUGCCUUGGCAGAUACUGAUGGUGAACAGUCUGGACCCGUGUCGGAUCGUAGCCAAGAGCAGUCCAAAGCCAAGUCAUCUCAGCCCGUCGUCGAGGUAUCUGACGAUGAAUUUGGCGAUUCCGACAUCCUGGACCAGGACCUCUUAUCCGUCAGUCGCUCUGCGGAGUUGAUGAAGGGCAUGGAGGCCUCGAUCGCUGCGAGCAGGAAACCAACAGAGACUCGGGAUCGCAAACCGUCUACCGUCCCAACGCGGGAGAAGAAAGCCCUCAAGGGGGCCAAGGCAGUCGUCGCAUCUGACGCUGACCGCGCUCUCUUCCGCGAAAAGCGUGAAAGAGACCGAGAAGCAAAGAAGCAGCGAGAUGCCGAGACACUGGCCAUGGUCAAGAAGAAGGCCGCGGUUGGCAAUUCCGGACAAACUUUCGGGGAAGGCUCGGGCUUGGGCAGCCUCGGCGUCAAAGGCAAGGAUCACGCCCCCAAGGCGUCCAGUAUGAUGUUAUCCUCGGGCUCAGAAUCCGAAUCAGACAACGAUCUGGAUCGAGAGCUCUUCGGCCCCAAACCGUCGAGACUCCCUGAUGUGGUCCGAGAAUAUCAAGCUGCCAGAGCCAUACAAGCCAAAUACAAGGGACCGAUCAAGAAGACAAGGCAGGUCAGGUCUGCCAAAGAUAUGCGUGCACGAUUGGCACCCGACCUCACGGCUCUCCAUAAGACUAUCCUCGGCUGGGACUUUUUCCACAACGGCGACUUUCCCCCAGGCUCCGAGAGGCAGGACUACCGCUUAGUGACAAACAGCUUUCGAACCCCCACCGAUUAUCAGAAUACCUUUGAGCCCCUGCUAGUCCUCGAAGCGUGGCAGGGAUUCUUGAAGUCGAAAGAAGAAGGCAAUUUCAAGACCUUCGAAAUCAAGGUAGCAAAUCGCAUGACCGUCGAUGCCUUUCUCGAAGUCAGCACAACUAUAUCGAUGGCUGAAGGUAAGGAGCUUGGGAUCGGUGAAGCCGAUGUAGUAUUGAUGUCAAAACAUCAGUCACCUACAGCUGAAGCCCGGCAAGCGCAUUGUCUUGCCCGCGUCUUCAAGGUCAGUCGGAAGAAGUCCACGAUGGAAAUAACGUACAGAGCGAACGUGGGCAACGGCCUAGUGGCGUCGAUGGUACCUAAUUCCACGUUAUACGGUGUCAAGGUUUCGUCCAUCAUACCGUUGGAGAGGGAAUACGGUGCUUUGCUGGGUCUCAAGUAUUUUGACCUUUGCGAUGAGGUGAUUAGAGCGAGACCAUCGCCACUGCUCGAGUACUCAGAAAAACACCUGGGACCCCUCGUAGCGAAUUACAGUAUCAACAUUGCACAGGCCAAAGCUGUCAAAUCAGCUGUUGACAAUGAUGCUUUCACUCUCAUCCAAGGUCCACCAGGCUCAGGCAAGACUAAGACAAUAGUGGCCAUUGUCGAGCAACAGUGGAAACGUGCAGCGCAGCGGCAACGGGGCUGCCUCAAAAAGCUACUUGUCUGCGCUCCAAGCAAUGCGGCAGUCGACGAGCUCGUCAUGAGGUUCAAGCAAGGCAUUAAGACAGCCGAGGGAAACUCACAGACUCUCUCAGUGAUUCGUCUUGGCCGCAGCGAUGCCAUCAAUACCAACGUUCUGGACGUGACGUUGGAAGAGCUCGUUAACGCAAAACUCAAUGUCGCUAGUGGCAAGAAAACGGGGACCGGAGACGAGAUCCACAAGAUCAUGAUGGAACACAAGUCCACAAGCGACCAACUUCAUAGUCUUCGGACAGUGGUGGACGGACUCAAAGCCAGCGGAAUGCCGGUGUCCGCAGAGCAGGAUCGCGAAUUUGAAGUGUUGAAGAGAAAGAAGCAACAGCUCAGUAAUCAGAUCGACGUGGCUCGAGACAGCGGUGAUACGGCCGCCAGAGAUGCAGAGAUGAGCAGGCGGCGUGUACAACAAGAAGUCCUCGACGGUGCUCAUGUGAUCUGUGCUACACUGAGUGGCAGCGGUCACGAGAUGUUCCAGGGCCUGAAUAUUGAAUUCGAGACUGUCGUCAUCGAUGAAGCCGCCCAAUCAAUCGAGCUCAGCGCGCUGAUCCCUCUCAAGUACGGAUGCUCCAAGUGCAUCUUGGUGGGCGACCCCAAACAAUUGCCGCCGACAGUGCUUUCGAGAGAAGCUGCACGAUUCCAAUACGAGCAGAGUCUGUUCGUCCGCAUGCAAGCCAAUAGUCCCAACGACGUCCAUCUUCUGGAUACUCAAUACCGCAUGCAUCCGGAGAUCAGUCUUUUCCCUAGCAACGCUUUCUACGAUGCUAAACUACUGGAUGGACCAGACAUGGCCAAGCUGAGGACAAGACCCUGGCACCAGAGCAAGAUCCUCGGACCAUACCGCUUCUUUGAUGUGCAAGGUACCCAGCAAAGUGUUCCCCGUGGUCACUCGUUGAUCAAUAUCGCGGAAAUCGAAGUGGCACUCAAGCUAUUUGAGCGUCUGAUUACCGACUGCAAGGGCUACGAAUUCAAAGGAAAGAUUGGGAUAAUCACCCCUUACAAAAGCCAGCUGCGGGAACUUCGCUCUCGGUUUGCCCAAAUCUAUGGUGACUCCGUGCUGACCACUGUGGAGUUCAAUACUACGGAUGCGUUUCAAGGACGCGAGAGCGAGGUAAUCAUUUUCUCCUGUGUUCGGGCAUCCUUUAGCGGCGGCAUCGGAUUUCUGUCGGAUAUUCGGCGAAUGAACUUUUGGGGCCGCUUGAUCCAAGAUGCAAAGCGUCGAGACCGUUACACUAGCGGUGACCUGGUAAGCCUCUUGAAGAAACCGUUGUUACAAUUGGACUCGGCCAUGCCUACCGGAAAGAAAGAUUCACCGGUGACGAGUGCUAGUCCUUCAGAUGUCGAUCACGAUAUCGAGAUGAUUGACGCACCAGCCUCCAGCGCUUCCACCGCUGCAAGACGCCGCAGCUCAGUCGUUGCAGAUUCACCAGUCCACAGCAGACUGUUCAAUGAUGCCGCGGCGAUGCCGUCGAAGCCUGCCGGAGGAGCGAACGGCCUGAAUCCACUUGAAAAUUGCCAGAAGUGUGGCAGUUUUGCACAUUUUACCAGUCGUUGCGACAACCCAGACGCCGCGAACAUGAGCCCAAACAAAUGCUAUCGCUGCGCCGGCUCCGACCAUGUAAAAGCCUCCUGCACAAGGGACCGCUGUCUGAUUUGCGGUCUAUUUGACCAUACCCAGAAGACUUGCAGCAGUACGGCGCCUUUGUCGAAGAAAGAAAAGGAACGGCUUACCAAGACCGAGGCGGACCACAAAUACCUUUUACAGCGUUUGCCAGAGAUCCGGCGGAAGAGGCAAAUGGGGUCCCAUGGCAUGCAAGUACCUGUUGUACGGAGUACGGCUGAGACACCAGCACCUGAUAAUAUUGGUCCAAAUCGCCUAGGGCGAACUCAGCACAUUGGCGAGAAAAGGAAAAGAGAACGUUCUCCGCCUUUAGACGCUCCCAAGGGACCUGAGUCAGCACGUGGGCCCUUCGGACUGAGUCAACAAGAUGCACCCAAACGACCAUCGAACGGCGACCAACCGCUAUCUAGGCUGCCCAACGGAAGCCAUAGCAGGAAUCGAAAUGGCACUUCAUCACAUUCCACUUUGCCUCCCAGGCCAUCCAACGCGCCAUCGAAGAGCCCCAAUCUUCCUCCAAGGCCAGCGAACAAUGCGCCAAGCUCGGCCACGCCGAACAGUAUUGCGGCUGCGGCAGGACCAAGGCAAGUCGACAGAAUCAACGACCGGUCCGGGAACCUCAACGUGGCAUCAGGAGUGGUGCGAUAUUCUGGACAGUCAACGCGUCCGGGGAACGGCUCGAGUCAAGUGAUCAAAGCGGAAGAGGUUCCUACAAUUAGGCCACCUCUCCCUCAACAACAUAUAGUUCGACCACCAAAGAAGAAAAGAGACGCGGAUCCUUUUAUUAGGCCCAAGAAGAGGCUGUGA